AAAAAGACGGACCGUCAAAACAUAAACAGAGCAGACAACCUUGUGUGAGUGAGCGCAGCUAGCUCGGAUUGUACUUUUUACAAAGAAAACAACAAAAAGCUUCAUGCACGCCGUGCCCAUGUCGAGUGUUUCCCGUCAGAGAAGUCCUAGUUGAGGCACUUAGCUCGUUCGCUGAGCGGUGAGGUGGGGGAAACAAAUCUGCAAUAAAGAUUAGGACUAAACUAAGAAGUACGCCUCGUCGGGCCUUCGAGUAGAGUUUCUACUUUGGGACGACGCAGGACUAAGCGACAGAAGAAUGGCAGAGAAUGACGGCAAAUCCCCUGUGCUUAAUGGUGGCUCCGAAGACAAGGAGCCUGGAGAAGAUCAACACAAAGAGGAGGAUGCUUCUGGAAGCAAAGAGGGACAAACACAGUCUUCCUCUGAAGACGCUCCCAAAGAAACAACAGAGACAUCUGGAGACAAACCUAUGCCAGAUGUGGAAGGGGAAAGGGGGACAAACAGAGGGGAAGAUGAGGACGAAGAUACAGACAGCAUGGAUGGCAGUGGACUGUUUUCUUUAACUGAGGAUGGUGACAGAGAGAGUGAGAGAGCCAAAGAGAAAGAUGGUGCGAAAAGGGCAGCUCGGAAGAGAAACAGACCCGGCGGUGGCACCAACCACUCCUCUAGCUCGGAGGAUGACGACGACGACGACGAUGACGAAGGGGAUCAAAAGUAUGACGACGACGAGGAUGACGAAGAGGCUAUGGAGUCCUGGCUGGGAGCAGAGCUCCACGACCUGCGUGGCCCCGUGUGGCAGGCCGUGCCCUCGCUGCGCUCCAGGGAGAUCGGUCGGAACUCCCACCAGUUCGUCAGGCGCGUGUGUGGCUCCCGUGGCCUCGUGCAGAGGCUGGAGCUCCAGGGGCGCCUGGAGAGGCACACGGGUUGUGUCAACACGUUGCACUUCAACCCGUCUGGCACACGCUUGGCAUCGGGCAGCGACGACCUGCGAGUGGUGAUCUGGGACUGGGCCGUCCGCCGUGCCGAGCUGGAGUUUGACAGCGGACACAAGAGUAAUGUCUUCCAGGCAAAGUUUCUGCCUCACAGUGGGGACUCCACCUUGGCCAUGUGCGCCCGUGACGGUCAGAUCAGGGUGGCUGAGCUCUCUGCCACGCAGCGGUGCAAGAACACAAAGCGGGUGGCGCAGCAUAAAGGAGCGGCGCACAAGCUGGCUCUGGACCCAGACUCGCCCUGUUCGUUUCUGUCAGCUGGAGAAGACGCUGUGGUGUUUGGUAUCGACCUGCGUAUGGAUCGUCCUGCCAAUAAACUGGUGGUUGUGAAGGAAGGAGAAAAAAAAGUUGGUCUAUACACUAUCUUUGUCAACCCAGCCAAAACACACCAGUUUGCUGUAGGUGGGAGAGAUCAGUAUGUAAGGAUCUACGACCAGAGGAAGAUUGAUGAAAAUGAGAACAACGGCGUACUGAAAAAGUUUUGUCCCUCACAUCUGGUUUCCAGCGAGUCGAAAACGAACAUAACCUGUCUUGUGUACAGCCACAACGGCACAGAACUCCUUGCUACUUAUAAUGAUGAAGACAUCUACCUGUUUGAUGCAAACCACAGUGAUGGGGCAGACUAUCGCAGGAGAUAUAAGGGACAUCGCAAUAAUGCCACAGUAAAGGGUGUGAACUUCUACGGUCCAUGCAGCGAGUUUGUGGUCAGCGGCAGUGACUGCGGUCACAUCUACCUGUGGGACAAGAACUCUGCUCGCAUUGUCCAGUUUAUGGAGGGGGACAGAGGAGGAGUGGUGAAUUGCCUGGAACCACAUCCCCAUCUGCCAGGUAUGGCCACCAGUGGGUUGGACCAUGAUAUCAAACUGUGGGCCCCCACAGCUGAAACCCCCACAGGACUCAAGGGCCUAAAAGAGGUGAUGAAGAAAAACAAACGGGAGCGGGAUGACGACAGCUUGCGCCACGGCGACCAAUAUGACACCCAGCUGCUGUGGUUCCUGAUGAGACACAUGAGGAACCGAAGACCACAGAGGACUCGCCGUGAAGGAGCAGAUGAGGACACUGACGAGUCCUGGAGCUCUCCAGACUCCUCCGACGAAGAGGAGGGGGGUCCUGACCACGUCCAGUGCAUGUCAUCUUGAGCCACACGAACAAACACACAUACGCACACAUACAUAUACAGAUAUACACACACUUUAUUGCCCUUGAAUUGAUGCUCACGAGCAAGCAUUAUCGACACACUGGCACACUCAGACACGGAUGAGCCACAGACUCUUUUACACACACAAAAAUAAAAAAAAAGAGAAAAAACUUUUCUGUAAACAUACUGUUGAAGCAGAGGGACUGAGAUGUUUGGCUCCUGGCUUUCCCAGCGCUGACGAGUGUGCAACUGGAGACUGCAACACUUCCAGCUUUCUAAUUGUUCUUUUUUUUUUCCUGAGAGGUGAACACUUCCCUAAUUUGGAGGCCCCUGCUUGCCCAUCUAUUGACAUUCUCUGCAUAGACCUGAAAUGACAUGCUACGUGUGUUCGGCAGCAAGUACCUCCAAUUUUUCGGCAAUCUGUAGUGAGCUUUAAAUCACCAGCAGACCCUCCCUUCUAUGUCGGUGCCACUCUUGCUCUGUGUGGAUGAAGAUGGGUUUAGUGGCGAGGGAUCGUGUAGGCUUCUAUGUUCAAACUGUUCCCUCUUUAAGAUUUGAAAUGUGUGCAGGAAAGCCUAGAGCUCCUUUGCUCCAAUCUUUUUUUAUUAUUAUUAUUAUUAUGUUUUUGGAGCAGCUUCAGACACCAGUUGUGUAAUUUCAAUGUUUGAUCCCAGAGCACCUCUACAUGCUGCAUCACCCAACACAGGCCCCUCCUCUUUCCGUCAUUGUUGUGUGCACUUUGAAUCAGGGAUGCUUUCGUGUGGGACACAGACAAAACGUGCACCGUGUUUGAUGUCGGGGGAGGAGCCGUUGUAUUUAUCGGAAAAUUCGUAGUGAACUUUUCCUUUUUUUUUAUUUUGGUUUUGUUUUGUUACUUGAGGUGAGAUAUUUUUCACUCGAGUGUUUUGUUUUUGUCUGAGGAGUUGUGGUUUCCUUUGCUUCCACCAGCCCUGUCCUCCAUUUUUACUUUUCUUCUUUUUUUUUCCUUCCUCCCUAAAUUAAAAAAAAAAACACAUUUUUGACAAGAAUUAUUUGUUUCAGCUCUCGGUGAACAUAAAAAUUAAGAGGUAGAUAGUAUUCAGCUCGUGAAUGGGAAAGGAAUAAUUCUCAGCUCUGUUGGGAAGCUGUUUUCAUUUAUUUCGUAUUUUUUUAGGGGUCAGACCAGACCUGGAUCAAUCACAUUUGAAACACUGCCUUUGACCCGAGAAAGAUUGGAGUUAUCUAUUUUGGAUUGUUUACUUUGUUUUGUUUUUGUUUUGUUUUUUGCCACAAGUCUAGAAGUCAGAUUGUAAGACUGUUGGCAAUGAAGCAAAUAUCUAAAAUAAGUGACAUUUUUGGGACAAGUGCUUGAGCCAGGUGGGUUUUUGCUGUCAGCACUUGACCUCUGCUGUGUUAAACACUGGUUAAAUGAGAACAGAGGGCAGCGGGGUCAGUGUGCUUGACAGUUUUGUUUUUUUUUGUGUGAGAGCGAAAAAGUCCAGCUUUUCUCAUUUUCUAUGAGAACUGUAGUUAGUUGAAUUUAUAUGUACAUAUAUAAAUAUAUAUUAGAACUGUAAAAAAUAGCGGAUGCUGUUUGACUUAAAGAAAAAGAUGUCACAACAUUUGAUUGGUAUUGAUGCAGAGAUUUAUAUUCUAUACUGUACACGGACAAAAUACUUUUAAAAUCCAGAGGAAAACAAAGUUCACAUGCCCGUUUGCAUUUUUCUUUCCUUAACAUCGCUGUGAUCAACAGACCAGCUGCCAUUUCAGUUCAUGCAGUUUUGAUUCUACUCCUUGUUCAAGCAGGUAAAACGUUUCCUUUAAAAAAAAAAUCAUUACCUGGUAAUUUAUCAUUUGAAACUGUUACACCCAGGUUUUCCUACUAGCUGUUUUUGGCAUCUUGUAUAGAUAACAAUUGAGGCUUUUGAUCAGCUGUUUUUUCCCACCACUGCCUAAUAUUACGUUCUACAAAAUCAGUUGGAAAUAUGUACAAUUUGUGCAAUAAACAAAAAAAAAGAAAAAA